GCAGCUGCUGUUCGUUUAAAGUCCAUACCGGUUAAACCCGCGAAUCUCGAAAAACAUUUUUUUUCAAGUUUGUUUUGCAACAAUUAAAAAGUAUCGUGAUCAACAAUUAUCGUCUGGUCUAUAUCAUCAUUUUCGAUAAAUCAUCUUUUUAUUGUUUCGCAAAAAGAAAAAACGUGACUGACUUUAUAUAUAGAUAUAUAAUACACUUUGAAGUGUUUAAGACUGAUUUUUUUUUCGCAAAAAAAAAAAUAAAUAAAAUACAAAAAUCAACGUUGAUAUUGAUAUCGACAAUAUUUUUUGUGCGAACCGGCCUUCUUGUGCGGCUUCUCAACGUUUCAAAGUUUUAUCCCCAAUUUGGAUUUCUUCGUGUCCCGCACGAAGAAAAGGGUCAAUUGCAAUUUAAAACAAAUUAAAAUGUCACACUUCAGGCUAAUUAUUGUCGCUUUUGUCGCUACCUGCUGGUACGCCUCUCUAAUUGACACGGCUGUCCUUAGGACUCAGGAUUUGCCGGAGAGUCUUUUGAAGAUGGCACAAGAUACGCACAAGUUGAGGAUUCAAAGAGAUACGGAUAAUUCGAGCAAAGAGAUAAGAUUCUGUUACAACACACCAUGUGGUUGGGCAGUCUACGUUCCAUUCACUCGCACCGUCGAGUAUUUCAUGAAAAAUACGUGCGAGUGUGAAAAUGACACUUACAAAUGCGUACGCACUGAUGAUGAUUUAUCAGUGAGCGCAUAUGUAUAUCGCUGUCGCCAAAAUACCACAUCGGACGACAUCGAAUCACCAGAAGACGCUAAUUGAAGAAAGAAAAACAACACAAAGAAGCUAGGCACGCUUGAAUGCAACCCUGCUCAUUAUCGAGGAUUGUAAGAAAUCGCAAUUACUGCUUUCUAUACAUAUUCAGUGAUUUUUUUUUACGAAGAAAAGAAGGUACACUGCAAACUUUUUAUUUCUGUUUUUAAAAAAACAAGAAAAAAAAGGAAGAAAAUAUUCAAGAAUUUCUUUGGCAAAAUAAGAAAUUCUAAAUUGUUUUUUUUUUUUUUUUAAAUAAGGAAGAAAUAAGGCCAAAGAUUUUUCUUCAUUCCGAAUAAUUAUUUUGAUAAUUAUUUUCAAUAACGUAUUUAUUAAUUAUUAAUAAUUGAGAUAUAGAAAAAUGGUAAAAUUAAAAAAGGUUUUCUUACAUUCUCGCAUGACACACGACGCCUAAAGGGACGUCGCAAGAAAGUAGAUAAUGGUUUGGCAAAGUCGCUUUCAGAAUGUAAUUCUUUUUUAAAUUCCUAUAUGCUCUCAAAUGACAGUUUUCCCUCCCCACGAAAAAAAAAAUAUUGGUUACUUAACUCUUUUUUAUACGUGUAUUAGUUAGAAACCAUUAAAAUAGAAUUCAUUCAUUUUUUUUUACCGAAUGUAAAUAUUGUUCCAUGGCAAAAAAUUUGGCAAUACUUCAAAUACUUCAAAUACUUCAAUUACUUCAAUUUUCACUCUACAAUAUCCAACACAGCCAACAUUGAAUUUUAAUCUUUCCA